AUGGCGGCCGCGGCGUUGGACGCUCCGCCCUUGGGCGGGCCGCGCAUGCGCACAACUCUGGGUGUUUGGGUCGCCGUUGGCCUGUGGCGGCUCGCGCGGGCCCCGUGGGCGGCGGCGGCGGCGCGGCGGAGCGGGGCCGGGCGGCCCGGAGGGGACGGGCGGCUGGCGGGCCACCGGUGCUGCCACUGGUUGGUGCCGCCAAUCCGCCGGGGGGCCGCCCUGGCUCGCACCGCCGUCACCCUCCGCCGCUGGCCGCGCACGCAGGGGCGGCUGCUCGCCAAGCUGGAAAACUUGCAGCCUGAGAUUAAAGGACUCGCCGAGCGCCUUCGCUAUGAGGUUUCAGUGCGAGGAAAGCAGCGGGGCUGGUCUGAAAAGGUGGCCAGGUUCCACUUCAAGAAGAACCUGCGGAGGAUUGUUACAGAGCUGUACGUUCGGGACAACUGCCACCCCUUCAAAGCCACCUUGCUGGUGUGGGUGCAGAUCCCCAUGUGGGUCUGCGUGUCCCUGGCCCUGCGCAACUGCAGCGUCGGUGCCGCGGGCUCAGAAGUUCAAGAGCAGUUUUCAUCAGGAGGAGCACUGUGGUUUACAGACCUCACGGCACCUGAUUCCACGUGGAUUUUGCCCGUUUCCCUGGGGCUGGUGAAUCUGCUGAUAGUGGAGAUCUUUUCUUCGCAAAAAAAAAUGCAAGUGUCCAGGUUCCAGAAGCUUGUGACGAAUUUGUUCCGCGUGGUGUCCGUGGCGAUGAUCCCUGUGGCUGCCACAGUCCCCUCUUCCAUGGCGCUGUACUGGCUGUCCUCGAGCCUCGUGGGGCUCUCCCACAACCUCCUGCUGCGCUCGCCCGCCUUCCGACGGCUCUGCUGCAUUCCAAGGACCAAAUCCGACUCGGAUACUCCUUACAGGGACAUUGUGGCUGCCUUGGCUGCCAAGUACAGCUUUAAGAAAUGACAUCCCUGAGCUGCAGGAAGAGCUGUCUCAGGAGUGAAGCAGUGCUGUUUUACUGAGAUGUACUUAUUUGCUGUGUAUUUAUUUUCCAAAUAAAGCACUGAAGGCCAUAGGGAGGGUACUGGUCUGCA